AGUCUGGAGUGAGAAGGGGACCAAAUAGUUUGAGUGGUGCAGCAGGCCGGCAGGAAGCUGCCGUCAGGACACUCCUGCUCCCUAAAUCAUCAUCAUGCUGCUAUUUCUUAGCUGAGUCCAUGCUGGCCACCCAACACUGCUGAUCAACUCCUGGCACAAAGAUGCAACCGGGCGGCCCCCCUCCACCGCCACCUCCUCCUCCACCACCUUUACUGCCACCUCCCCCUCCGCCGCCCCCUGCCGCCUUGGGAUUGAGGGGGCUGCGUCGGCGCUCCAGGAUGCGCAACUUUAACUGGGAGACCAUCCCAAAGGACACGGUGAUGGGAAAGCACAACAUCUGGACGGCGGAUCAGGCGGACGGCGAUUACAAGCUGGACACGGAUCACAUAGAGGAGCUGUUCAGCCACAAGCAGGCCCAGCAGCACCUCAACGCCCUCGGCCGCCACAGCGUCAGGGGCACCCCAGCAGCUGCUGCCCCGGGGGGAGAGCUGGUCACCAUCCUGGGCUCCAAGAGGAGCAUGAACAUUGGCAUUUUCCUCAAGCAGUUUAAGCGGCCUGUGGCAGACCUAAUAGAAGACAUCAGAGCAGGAAGUGGACUUGCUUUUGGUUAUGGAAAACUGCGGGAGCUAUGUAAACUGUUGCCGGAUGAAGGAGAGGUGAAACAGUUGCUGAAAUUCGAGGGCGACCAAUCAGCCCUCCCGGAUGCAGACCUGUUCAUGCUGAUGCUGGUCCAGAUCCCCAGUUAUGAGGAGCGUCUCAGCAGCUUGGUCCUGAAAGAAGAGUUUUUCCCCUUCAUGGCUGAAAUGAGAGGAUUCAUUGAUACUUUGAAAGCUGCUGGGAAUGAGCUUUUGGAUUCUGACAGUCUCCACUCUGUCAUUCGGCUGGUUCUAAAGACGGGGAAUUACAUGAAUGCCGGAGGCUAUGCCGGCAGCGCUGUGGGCUUCCGGAUGGCAUCGCUGCUGAAGUUAGUGGACACCAAAGCAAACAAACCAGGAAUGAACCUCAUGCACUACGUUGUGAUGCAAGCUCAGAACGCUGACACGGGCUUACUGACCUUUCCUGACCAACUCCAACACAUUAAAGCUGCUGCAAGAAUAAAUAAAAGUGACAUUGAAGCAGAGUUUGACAGACAAGUAAAAAAAGUGAAAGCUGCCAAAGCAAAUACUUUAAAGCAGGAAGACCUCAAGGCCCAGAUGGAGGACUUCCUCAAGGAUGCCGAGGCCUGCUUGGCAGAGGUGGAGGGUGAUCUUCAGGAGCUUCAGUCGAGCAGCGACUCUGUGGCCCAGUACUUCUGCGAGGACCCCAACAAGUUUAGACUGGAGGAAUGUUGCUCCAUUUUUGACUCCUUCUGUGAGAAAUUCCUGCGAGCCAUGCAGGAGAACAAGGCCCGAGAGGUGAUGGAGGUGAAGCGGCGGCACAGAAACAGGCUGCAGAGCGCCGCCAAGCGUAGGUCCACGGCCACCUGCUCCGACAGAGACAAGGAAAUGGAAGGGAUUGCCUUAGAGUCCAUCCUGCAGAACUUCCUGACCAACAGAACCUCCAGGAGACGAUCGGGACGCCCUUCGUCCACUUACGGCUGCCCGGUCGGUGGAAGCCCUCAAACGGGGAGCCUGUCGGAGAUGACUUCCCAGGAAAACCUGCCCACGCUGAAAAGAACAGAAUCCUUAAAGGUGAAGAAAGAGUGGAAUUCAGCAGGCGAACUCACAGGAAGGUCCCACAAAGACGCUCAGGAGACGGAUGUUGGGUCGGAGAAGGAGCAAGGAGAGGAGAUACCUUCUGGAGCAGCAUCCUGUAGGACUAGCACCAUUUCUUCCUCUGCUCGCCCCCUCUCCGCCGCCACUGACAGCGACGAGGAGGAUCUCCAGGACAACAACGAGGAAGAGGCCCAAAAACUACGUGAAGCAUCUCGGAAGGUUUUGCUCUAUCAGAGCAGCCGAGGCAGCGUCUCCUCUGCUGAGUUUAACUCGGAAAACCUCAAAUCUCCCCAGCCUGCCACCGCCGCACCUCGCCAGCGCACGUUUGACAUGGGAACAGACAGAUACCCCGGAGACCCCACGAAUGAGGAACUGGUCCACUUCUUGCUCAACUCUCCACCUUCUUCAAAGCGGAACAUCGGCCGCCGACACACACUUCCUGUCAAAGUCCAAAACAGCGAGGAGCAAGAUGAGGACGAGGUGUGGGAUUCAACCUCUUCAGCUAGAGACGAGGAGAAGGCGUCGGCUGGAGGCGAGCAAGUGUUUGACUUUACGGAGACGCUACCUCAACAAUCUGCUAACAUUCCUCUCAGCCCGGACAAGGAAGACGUCCAAGACGGGAAACCAGUGGAGCAAAAUGGUGCAAACAUUCCAGCCACGACUUCAUGGAACAAAUCGGAAUCAUUCGGACUCUUUUCUGGCUUCUUCAAGCGGCUUGGUGAUUUUGGUCGACUGCAGGGAGGCAAGGAAAGCCAGAAAGGUCUCGGCACUGACGUGUAGGAACCGCAGGGAGGUGGCAGACGUUCUGUCUAAAAAUAUCUUGAUUCCAUCAUGAUGGGCGCACCACACAGUCUGGCUUCCGGUGGAGGAAGUUUUUCCUUGCCUCCGUCACACAUUGCUUGCUGUUGGGUCCGGCUGGUUUUCUUGGACGUAGGUUCUAGACCUGCUCCAAGUGUGAAUCACCUUCUCACGGCCAACAUGUAUGCAUUUUUCUUACACGGCACAAAUAUUCACCCUUUAAUACAUUUUGCUGCUCUCAGGUACACAUUUUUUUUCCAUCAUCAGUUUCCUUGUUCCGUCUCCAAAAAAAACCCACUGCAUCUGCGGCGAUGCUGACCAUUAAGGAUGUGAUUGGUCGGCUUGUAGUGCUGUUCAGAGGGCGGACGACUUCUUUUCCGAUUUCAAAUUGGUUGUAGCGCAUCAGUUAGUUCCAGUUGCAAUAACAUUCCCCUUCUCGUUUGCGAGCAGCGGGAAGCUAACAAGCUAACAACAUUGACGCCAUGGCACCGGGUGUCCAAAUAGUGGCCCCAUUUGCAGCACCUGGCCCAUGGCCAGCCAGAAAAUAGACCAAAAGACAAAAUAAUAAUAUUAAUAAUAAUACAUUUUAUUUAGAAGCACUUUGAGGCAUAAUCUUGUGUCUUUUCUCUCACGGUUUUCUAAAUAUAUAUUAAUAAAGCUGUUUUGUGGCAGAAUACGGCCUACUAUUAGUCCAAAGAAUACCAUCUAACUGGUCACUAGGUGGCAGCAUUGCUAGUGUAAUAUUGGGUGAGACACACAAGCACCAGACUUCUUUAACACAGGUAACACUCCGCCACUUCCAAUGUCACUUCCUGCCCCCCACCCUACCCCGGAACACAUUUACUGCAACACACACAAGCACAUGUCUUAUUUUCUUUUAUUAUGUCUACUAUAUGGCGCAAUAUUAGUGUAAAGUUGACUAUAGGGGUGUUAUUUUAUGUCUAGAGAACUCUAAUAAAGUUAAAGAACAUAUUUAUAAGGUUGUAUGUACGUUUUCUUUGCUGUAACUACAAAAAUAUUUAUUUAUAAAUUCCGCAAAAUAAGAGUGCCCGGGUGUAGGGGGUUGAUUGGCAGGUCUGGCAUUGGUGUAAAAAUACAAAACAUUUUGUCCGAACUCUGAAUUAUGUAAGUUUCAGUGCAGAAAAUGCCAGUUUGCAAGUGUAGCCACUAGAUGGCAGCAAUCAUAAGGGAAGGGGUGUUGGGGGGGACUCAUCAAUCAUAUGCAUCAUUUUUAAUAUUCAUGCAUUAUGUGACUACUUGUUUUGCUCGCAGCAAGUGUUGGACCCAAGUAAACAUUAGAUAUGUUAAAAUAGGGCUUUAUUUUUAUACUUGCCAACAUUGCUAUUUAUUGCUGCUCUUUUAUUGUCCUCGCUGCUGUCAAAGAAUGACAUCAGAUUGUGGAUGCAUUCAGUCUUACUCAA